ACGUGCAUUGGCUGUAAGGUGAAACAGGAACGACAUCGAGGCAUCUCGAGGGUUCGACAAGUUCGGGGGUGUAUCAGCCACGGAACUGUAUUACCAAGACAACUUAAGCACAAUUUCAGUAAACAUCACAAACGAGAGAAAGAAGUAAGCCGUACAAAAUGACAGCAAUGUAUACAAAUGUAAUCUAUAUCUUCACUACGCUGGCAUUUGCAAGUAUAUACGUCAGAGGCACUGACAGGCUACCGAAUGAAGAAACGAGCAUUGACAGAGACAAACAAUACGAAACGAAUCAAGACAUUCAUAGGGCGAUGAACAUUUCGAGCAUAUUGUGGCUUUUGGGGUUCAACUACGUCAGCCCCCACACAGCGAAUAAAAGCUGUGUUUAUUUGAGCAUAUCAUCCCUGACACCAGAUUGUGUAAAAUACUCAAGCAACUUUAUAAAGUACAACAACUGCAAAGGCCGCAUUGACUACGCAGGAAUGUUUUACAAUAGUCCCUACGUAACAAACGGCAAAAAGGAAGAGCCCGUUCAUUACAGCAACCUGAGAGCAUGGGCAGGUAACUGGAUCAUGAAUUACACCCUAAUAUAUUCUGACUAUGAGGAGUGCUUGUUAUUCCGCGUACCCAACAUGCACAAUGGAACUGGAUGCAUGAUUCUUGUUACUGACCUGGAAAAAGGGAUGUCAAGUACAUGCGAAGCAACGUUUAAUAAAGUUUGCGGCAUGAGCCAUAAUAUUUGGAAAGUUCCAGGGACGAACUGUAAGGACCGGCAUAAGCAAAUCACUGAGACAUGUGAUUUAACAGCAGGAAAAUGAAGACUGCCUUUUGGAUAGCAUCUGGCAUAAGGUGCAAUGUUACUGAACCAGAUAAAGUAAAAACGUCGUGGUGCAUUCCGGGCUCUAUUAGUGUUUUGUACUGUCUCAGGUCAAGUGAUCCUAGCAGAUGAGCAAGCUCCUUGUCUAAUAAAAAAAUCGACUUAUGGCUGA